CUCUCUCUCCCCUCUCUCUCCCUCACCAUAACCCUCUGUUUCUCACUCUCACUUUCUCUCGGUCUUUCUCUUUCUCUUUCUCUCACCUCGCUAAAAAAAAGAAAAGAAAAAAGACCACUGCGUUUGUGCUUUGUCCAAUAUUCGCUCGCAUUUCCCACCAGUGUUUAAAUUUGAUUGAAGUUUGCUUGUUCCGCAGGAGAUCCAGAUCCCGAGCCGCCAUGGAGGGCUGUCCAAGUUCGCCUUCACCCUGCAGGAAGACGGGAUGCAGGGCAGCUUCGAGUUCAUCAAGCAGAUCGGAAGCAGACCGCUGGAGUCGCUGGGCCCGAACGUGGGCAAGAUCUUCAUCCAGGCCAAGGACGACUCGUACGAGAAGACCCGACAGAGCAUGGAGAAGGCCAAGAGAAAGAAUGCAAUGAACUGCGUGAAGGAGCUGAAGUCCAGCUCGAGCUUCGGCGGCCGCCUGCGCCCGGCCAUCGGCACUCGAAAGAAGUCGACGACGCUGGUGGUGCCGCCGCCCAAGAAGGAGGUCAUCGCCGAGCUGCCCUCCAACAACAGAUACAACCCCAAUCACAGCCAGAACCACAGCCUCAACACCCCCAGUAGCAAAUCCCCGCACAGAACGGCCUCGUCUGUCGGCGCCGCCGCCGCCCCCAGCGCCGCCAGUGCCACAGCAGGCAAACCACCCCCGCCGCCGCCCCCCAGCCACCCCAACGGGAGGAAGACCAACCCCGAGCUCGUCGGGAGGCCGCUCAAAGAGCGAAUCGUUCAACUCUUAGCUGUCAAGAAUUACAAGAAGGAAGAAUUGAAAAAUAGAUUAUAUAGUGAUGGCAUCAAAGAGAAGGACAAGCGGCUGCUGGCCGGGGUGCUGAACAGCGUGCUGAACAGCGUGUCGCAGGUCAGAGACAACGUGCACCACCUGAGCCGACACCUGUGGGCGGAGGUGCGAGAGGACUGGCCCUUCUACACAGACGCCGAGAAGCAAGCCGUGAGAAAAAAUAAACCUCAGAGUUUAACUCCGCCGGGGAACGACAGUGGGCACUCGCCAACGCCGGCGCUACCGCUGUCUCCGUCUCCGUCUCCGGCGUCCCAGGGACUCAAGCGGCCGCACGAGGAGGUGUUUGAUCCCACGGCCAAACGGCCCCGCUGGAACGCCUCCAAGUUCACCAAGAGAAAGUUCGAGAAUAAGCUUGAUUCUCAGACGGCGUCGCGCCUGGAGCCGCAGAGCGACGUGAGGACCGAUGCCAAGGUGGACAGUAGAGGCGUGAGCAACGGGCGGCACCACCUAGGCAAGGACGAGAGUCCGCGUGUUAACGGCACGAUCAGCCCGGCGACGGCACCGGCGUCAGCACCGGCUGCGACGGCGGCAGCAACUGCGACGGCUGCAGCAGCCUCGGCGGCGGCGGCGGCGGCGGCGGCGGCGGCGGCAGCAGCAGCAACGAGCAAAAGCGCGCCCACGACCUCGCCCGUGAGGCAAAGUUCCCCUCGGCACCGCCACAACGGCAUCAGCACUCGCCAAUCCUCAGGAAACCAUUCGCCCAUCAACGGGAUCUCCAACGGGCUCACCAACGGCCACGGGAAUCCGCCCCACAGGACGAAUGGCCACGCACGAGUGGAGUCCUCCUCCAUCCCCAGCUCCUCGCCCGACAGCCAUGGAGGCGACGACGUGGACCCAGAGUACCUCAGGACCUACACGGCAAUAGUGUCUACAGACCAGCGAAGUCGGUAUAAAGCGGUCUUCAACGAACAGUAUCAGGAAUACCUGCGGCUGCAUAGCUAUAUUGAAGAGCGGACAAGACCUUUUAGCGACCUCGAUGAGCGCCUCAGGAAUGAAACGAUCGGCUCUGAGGAAUAUAACACCAUCCGUGCGCAGAUCUUGCGUGAGUAUCAGGCCACGCAGCAGGACAGUGAGUACCAGCAGAAGAAACAGCGGUAUGACUAUCUGCAUGAGAAGUUGACGUACAUCAAGAUGUUGGUGCUAGAGUAUGACCGGAAGCACUCCUAGCACCGGUUUUGACGCCUCGCACAGCCGCCGCUCUCCCGCCACCGCCGCCGUGCCCAGCCCACAGCAGAAGCAGCCCCCCCGAUGCCCCCUCAUAUGCCUCUUGCUGUGGAGGCCGCAGGUGGGGGAAGGAUCUUUCGUGGUUUGCGUGGUUACCAAACUGUGCCUCAGCCCUCAUUGUCAGAGCAAUGAAAAUGGAAAAGAGAAAGAGAGAAGGAGAAAGGGAAAGAGAAAAAA